CAAACAUCGUACCAGGCGAAUGCGCGCAACAGCGUGGUUUCCGCGUUCCUCGCUCGAAAUAAACAAACCGUCGAAGCGAGUUGAUCGCUUUGUGGCGCACAUGUACCGCCGGUUGUCCAUCUCGCUGCCCUGACCGGCACACUUUGCGAGGAUGGCAAAAGGAUCCUGUGAAAUGAGGAGCACGAACUGCCGUCCAAAUUUGUAAACCACCCUUGGCUAUGCGUAGGGCUUCGACACAAGGACCACCGCUGGAACUCUUUCGUUUUCAGCCUCAGAUUUGCGUUGCUCUCCCUGAGUGUCCGUUCCCCCGUGCGAAAUCGCUGCUGCUCACGCAGAGAUCCUCCGCGUACGGGUCACAUUUCACACUGGUUUCUCCCUGUUUUUGCCUAAUUCUGGUCUCCCUUUGUUUACAGACACUCGUGUUUCCAGGUUACGUUUCUUCGCUGCAUUUGUAUGCCUGUUUAGGAGGCGGCGACUGCCAGUCACCGCCCAAACCGUCAACGUAUGAAUUCCGUGAACGUCGACUUUUCCGCUUCGUCUCUUCCGUCUCCCUUGAAAUCUCCUUUUAAUUUCAGUACUCCUCGCUUCCUUUGUCUGCACUUUGCCGUGUAUUUCUCGCGGCAAGUUGUCCUUUUGUGUCCUCACUCCCCGAUUCCUUCCUCGAUAGUCAGUACUUCCCUCCGAGGACCCGACUGCGAGGCGCGAGGCUCCCCGCGGACCCGCCAGCUCCACAGCCAAGACUCCAAAGAGGCUGUUUUUUCCUGCGAAGGGGGAGUAAAAACAAUUACGAGAGGAUGGAACUGCUUUGCUUUGGGGGACUAGUUGACCGGCAAGUGUCUCGCGAACGAUGCACUGAAGGCGACCGGCCAAUUAAGACUUUUUUACCGAUUCUCUCGCGGUCUGAAGUCUACUCGUGUGUGAUGGGUUGAUACCCAGGAUGGUUUUAACGAAACGCAGCAGAUAACUGCCACAUGACUCAUUUCAUUUCCAUUAUUUGUUUUGGCCCUCCUCUGAGCAUAUUAGUUUCGGAUUUUUGCGUCUCUUUGGUUUCUUCUCUCGUUUCUCCUCCUGUUUCUCCUCUCGCGUUGUCCUUUUUCUCUCUUCUUUCUGUCUGUUGUCAUCAUCUCUGUGCCUCUUCUGCGAGGAAGAUCCACCGGAAUCUCUGCUUCUCCGCCUUCCCACGAGCUCUUGCUUCCUUUCUUCGUCUCUCUUCUUCUCAUUCUCUUUUCUCUAUGUUGUCUUCUUCAUCUUGAUCCCCUCCUUCUUGUCGCUUCGUCGUUGUCUCCUACUGUCUUCAUCGUCCUCAUUCUUCGUAUCUCUUCGUUCUCCUCGCCGUUUACUCCUGUCUCCCUCUCCGUCUCCUUCUUCCGUAUCUGACUUCGUCUUUGUCUUCUACUUUUCUUGCUUCUCUGCAUAAAGAUGGGGAAACACAAACACUCAAAAGACAAGCUCUACCUGGUGCAGAGCGAGUAUGCGGCAGACUGGGGAGGCUACAAAACCAAGGCCCUCCAGCUGCCAUACAAGGCGCUUCCCUUUUAUUGCUGCGGGCUCUCUCUGCGGCCUUUCGAGGACGCGGUGUGUACAGCUGAGGGCGUCGUCUUCGAUCCCGCCAACAUUCUUCCGUAUAUAAAGCGGUACCGGCGGAACCCGGUGAACGGAAAGCCGCUUUCUGCAGGCGACUUGGUUCCGCUUAAAUUCCACAAAAACGAGCAGGGUCAGUUCCACUGUCCCGUGACUUACAAGGUUUUCAAUCAACACACCCACAUCGUCGCCAACAGAAAGUCGGGGCACGUUUACAGCUACGAGGCCAUCGACAACCUCUGCAAGAAACCGAAGAACUGGAACGAUCUGCUCACAGGCGAGCCGUUCUCUCAUUCCGACCUCAUUCACAUUCAAAAUCCCGCAGAUGCAAAGACCCGCUACAUCGAGGGGUUCUACCACGUACGAGAAGGCCAGGAGGUCGACGUGGGCGUCAAAGGCAUCCCCGCAGAGAAAGACAGCAUGAAGCCGACGACGAAGAAGACAGAGUGGAUGGAACGUAUUCUCGCGGAGGCCGGUGAGAAAGAGGAGGAGAGGAAAACUGCGCACAACAAGUUGAUCCCCAACAUGCAUGCAAACAAGGAAGAGGGAGACACCGACGCUGGACAGGGAGAAGGCGGCCAUCCAAAGGGCUCUGGAGAGACAGGCGAGCAGGCGCCACAGGCGGCCCCCCAGAGCGAACCGCAGAAACAUUCGCUCUACACCACUCACCGCAUGGCGGCGGGCUUCACCUCCACCGUUGUGCAAGGCAGCGCGACUCAGGAGUUCCGUGAGUUGUCGGAGAAGGAGCGCAUGCAGCCGAUCUACGCGCGGUGCCGAAAACUCAAAAAGAAAGGAUAUCUGCGAAUCGUGACCACCCAGGGAAGCCUGAAUAUCGAACUGCAUGCAGACAUGGCGCCUCGAGCAUGUGACAGCUUCCUUCGGCUCUGUGCCGUCAAGUACUUCGACGACACUAUUUUUCACAGGUGUAUCCGCAACUUCAUGAUUCAAGGGGGGCGCGCAGAGUUGCGACAGCCUUCGAAGAAGAAAGAGGUGCAGCAAAGUCCGCGGUCGAUCAGUGGCUUUCCUGGAGGUGCUCCCUUCGAAGACGAAUUUGACAAUCGGCUUGUGCACCAGGGCAUUGGCGUCUUGUCCAUGGCGAACGACGGGAAGCAUUCCAACUUGUCAGAGUUCUUCAUCACGUUCAAGUCUUGCGAGCAUUUAAACAACAAACACACCAUUUUCGGACGAGUCGUAGGCGGCCUGGAUGUGCUUCGGCAGUGGGAGAAGUUGGAAACGGACAAGAAGGACAAGCCGCUGAAGCCUCCGAAAGUGGAGGAAAUUAUCGUCUUCAAAAACCCAUUCGAAGACGCGAGGAAGGAGAUGGAAGACGAGAAACGCGAGGAGGAAGAAAAAGAGAAAAAGAAACUCGAGAAUGCGAUGAAACCGUGGUUCAACAACCGCGACGCGCUGGACGCGACUGCCUCCCAUCCCGCGCGCCACUCGUCGGCAGUAGGAAAGUAUCUUCCCCCGUCCCUGUUGCCGGGCAAGUCUGUGAAGCAAACAGCCAGCGGACGCAUGCAGGCUCCGACGCCGCCGAAGGCCUCUCAGAAGCGAGACGCAGAAACUGCAGGGCUUGCGGGUGUGGAGAGCAGCGGAACUGCACAGGCUCUGCUCGAGUACGCAGUUCCGCAGAAAGUGAAAGUCGCGAGAAAAACAUUCGACUUCUCCGGAUGGUAAAAAAUUUGGCGCGCGCGCUCAGUCGCGCGGGGGUGUACGUGUGUAUGUAAUCCCGAAGGCGAGUCCCGAAAACAGGAUUUUUAUGGUGGAUUCUUGGCUUCUUUCAAAGGGACGCUCGUCGCGGUUCACUUUUCCGGUUUUUCGCUCUCAAAACGGUCGCUUUUUUUUGAGAGCAGACACUGUGGUAUGCGACAAAAUCGCGUGCUUUCAACUUUCGGCGACUUUCAUCCUUCAAUUUAUCUCAUGCAUUCCCGCUGUAAACACACAUAUCCGUUCGAUAUAUAUACAUGGUGGGAAGUGAUACGCAUUGUGAAGAAUUCAGUGCUGCUUAAUCCACCGCUUUGUUUCUUUUUCUAGCAAUCGAGAACAGCGACUGGAUGUGCACUCCAGUGGCGUGCUGC